AUGUUAUCACAAAUGUUGCCUUCGGAAAGAAUUAAAACGUUCAAGAAAGUUCUGAGUGCAGGACGAGGAAAAGUUCCAGAAUUCAAAACUGGCACCAAAGUAAUAUUUCAUUAUGAAACACUGAAACCAUUGGUAAAUGUGAAUAAGGAAGGAUUCCCAGAUUCAAGAGAUAACUAUAAAUCGAUCGAUAGCACACGAAAGCCGUAUCCAGAUGGUUAUGGGAAGCCUUUGGAGUUAGUAUUUGGGAAGAAGUUUCAGUUACCAAUAUUUGAACGAUGCUUAGAAACAAUGCUGAUUGAUGAAAUCAGUCAGUUCGAUAUAGCUGCUUGUGAGCUUUAUCCAUAUCCAUCAGUUUCCCAGAAACUUCGAGAUAUAUCUAAAGAUGCCAUGAAUCCAGGCAGCAGAAACCAUCACCACGCACACUGUGCUGCGGCAAAGGAUUUCAUAAUGGAAUAUGAAGAUUUGAAUGAUCUGAUCAAAAACCCUCAGCCACUGCGGUUUAUCUUUCAUUUGUUGGUUGUUUUACAACCAGAAGAUUAUGAACCAGAUAGCUGGCAGUUAGAACCCGAUGAGAAAUUAGCAAGUGUCGCGAAAUUGAAAGAAUCUGGAAAUGAAUAUUUGCAAAAAGGUGAUUUUAUGAAUGCUUCACAGAAAUAUAGAGAAGCCCUAAGUCGCAUCGAUACUCUUUUGUUGCGUGAAAAGCCAGGUGAUCCUGAAUGGGUUGACCUUGAUAGGCAGAAUAUACCUCUGUUUUUGAAUCUUUGUCUUUGUUACUUGAAUUGGAAACAGUAUUACGAAGCUAUUGAUGCUGCAACCGAAGUAUUGAAAAGGGACAAGUUGAAUGAAAAAGCACUAUAUAGGCGUGCGAAAGGACGAAUCGCUGUUUGGGAUCUAGAAAAGGCUGAAGAUGAUUUGAAAAUGCUUCAGCAGCAGUAUCCGAGUAAUGCAAAUUUGGUGAAAAUUGAGCUCGAACGAAUACAAUCACUUAUAAAAGAACGUGAAGAAAGUGCGAAGAAUACUUACAAGCAUAUGUUUAGAAAUGUUUAUUAA